GAGGCCGCGAAACGAAAUAUUUAGCCAGGUGGAAAGAUGGGAGACAUGGCAUUGAGGGUUUCGGUCCCUUGUGUGUCGCGGAUCCACAGGGCGGCGCUAGCUUCUUCGUCUAAUCGCUGCUCUUCGUCUCUUCAAUCCACAUCGCUGCAUUCCAGCUGCGCGAGGAUCGUCGGGCGCCGCAUUGAUCGAGCUCCCGCUGCUGGUGGUUUCCGGCAGAGGAUCAGAGGGAUGGCGUCUACCGAAGCGGCGGAAUUGGACACUGGAAAGGAGAGCGUUCUGGAAUGGGCACAAAAGGAUAAUCGCCGCAUGCUACAUGUCGUGUACCGUGUUGGCGAUUUGGAUAAGACGAUCAAAUUUUACACUGAGUGUUUUGGAAUGAAGCUCUUGCGCAAGCGUGACAUUCCCGAAGAGAGGUACACGAAUGCUUUCCUGGGUUAUGGACCCGAGGACAGUCACUUCGUCGUAGAGCUCACAUACAACUAUGGAGUUGAUAAGUACGAUAUUGGAACUGGAUUUGGACAUUUCGGGAUUGCUGUCGAGGACGUGUACAAAACCGUGGAUUUGGUUAAAGCCAAAGGUGGGAAAGUUUCGAGAGAGGCGGGUCCUGUCAAAGGAGGAUCCACUGUGAUAGCCUUUGUGGAUGAUCCCGAUGGAUACAAGUUCGAGCUUAUUCAGAGACCAGCGACCCCGGAGCCUCUGUGUCAAGUCAUGCUGCGUGUUGGUGAUCUCGAUCGAUCCAUCAGCUUCUAUGAGAAGGCGCUUGGAAUGAAGCUCCUCCGCAAGCGUGACAAUCCCGAGUACAAGUACACGCUUGCGAUGAUGGGAUACGCGGAGGAAGAUAAGACCACUGUGAUGGAGCUGACUUACAACUAUGGUGUUACCGAGUACACCAAAGGAAAUGCUUAUGCCCAGAUUGCUAUUGGCACGGAUGAUGUCUAUAAAACUGCUGAAGCAGUCAAAGUUUCUAGUGGCAAGAUUACUCGCCAGCCAGGCCCUCUUCCUGGCAUCAGCACGAAAAUCACAGCUUGCCUCGAUCCGGAUGGCUGGAAGACUGUCUUCGUUGAUAACAAGGACUUUCUCAAGGAACUCGAAUGAACUAGAACUGCAAUUUUCAAAUAUAUUAGUGCCUAAUCGCUUUAAAAAAAUUAAAUAUGAGAUCCAGCCAAAAAUGGUUUGUAUACAUUAUUGCAAAUGCUUUUUACAAAGCCAUAAUCAAUGUGAUCAA